AUGAAAGCUGGUCACUACACGGCGACGGUGUACAAGAAGCAAUUGGCAGUUGGUACGGCAUCUUAUCUUAUCAAUGCAGGAGCGACAAAGACUCAAAGCAUUUCGGUAUCGUUGAAUAUGACUUCGAAGCCAAUUUGGCGCAUUGGUGCAUGGGAUGGCACUCCUGAUGGCUUUCUCAACGCCGACAAGAUCCACAAGAUGCACCCAAGUGACUAUCGCAUGUCUGCUUGGAAGACUAUGACCUUUAAGGCGGGGUCGGACGCUGACAGUGCUUUCUCGAUGGCCCAAACGCUAAAAAUUGGUCUCACACUCGCCCAGAGCAGCGGUCGAUCGAGUGUGACGGUGAAUGGAAAGUGGACGGCUGCAGUUCCCGCUUCGGUUGCUGUGAAGACUCGAGGCGUCACCCGAGGUGUGAUUGUGGGCAACUAUAAUCUCUACGAGUACGUGAUUCCGUCAUCGGCGCUGGCCACGGGUACCAACUCGAUCAAGCUCACUGUCGCAAGUGGCGCGACAGAUCCGUCCGAGAAGUUCCUGGCAGCUUCAGUCGUUUUUGAUGCUCUUGAACUGGUGUAA